GAGUAAUCAGGCAUUCGUCGCCCGUCCUCCAAGAACCACAUCUUGAUUACCAUUGACGUCCCCUUCAACUCGAGACAAACUGACUUGAUCGCCUUGAUUUUAAUUCGCAUUUUCAUUUUUCAUCUCCAGUUCUAUAUUUCUUGCUCCGCUGGCUGGCAUCAAGCUUGCUCCAAUUCUGCUCCUUGCCGUUGGGCGCCCGGCUCUCCCCCUCUUGCUUUUUCCCCUUGCUCUCAGAGGUGCCUCUGAUUACCAGUGAAGAUGGCUCCGCAAGAGGGAAAAUUGCAAUUGAAACGCGACCGAGGCGGAGCUGCCGACGACAGAGAUUCAGCUAAGAAACCACGCCGUUCCCAACGACUAUCUCAGCCUCAGACAACCCCGGUAUCCAAGAAGCAACACUUACCAUCUCCUAUCACUCAGGAAUCCUCGGCUUCCUCGGCUGCAGCAUACAAGGAGGCCACAGCAACCCCGCCUGAGGGUCGACCAAGCCAACUACAUCAGCGUCCUCCCGAUCCCAGCUCUUUAACAGAAGAGCCUGGUUUCUCCUCCCCACCUCAAGAUACUCAAGCCUUCUCACAAUUCGUCUAUCCCACAUCUGCAUUGUCCGAUGAAGUCAAGGAUGAGGUGGAGGAGGGUGUCUGGGGAUAUCUGCUUCCGUUGGAUCAAAAAUAUGGCAAGUCGUUAGUUUUGCGUAGACGAAACGCGUGUCCGAAGCCCGAUGGGAUAGAGGAGGUUGGUAAAUACAGUGAGAAUAGAAAGAACAAAAACGAUGAUGCCAAGGUCUUCGAAAAGGGGGAGGAGGCAUACGAGCAGACGCAGUCGAAGGGAACCGCUUCAGGUGGAUAUUUGAUAGGUCGCCAUCCCGAGUGCGAUCUCAUUAUCGACGAUCCCAUUGUCUCAAACAGGCAUUGUCUUAUCUUCGCCGAGAACAAAGGUGGUGAUAACGUUGCUGUUCUCGAGGAUUUGUCAAGUAACGGAACGUUUGUCAACGAAGCCCUCAUCGGGCGGAACAAACGUCGGGAGCUGCAAGAUCAAGAUGAGAUUACUUUGUUGGAUAAAGCCAGAUUCGUUUUCAGGUAUCCAAAGAAUCGGGGUACGAGUGCUUUCUUGCAACAAUAUACACUGCUGGAGAAGCUUGGGAAGGGACACUUUGCGGAGGUGUUUUUAUGCGUUGAGAAAGCCACAGGCCAGCGUUAUGCUGCCAAAAUCUUCACGAAGAGGCCUGGUGUGGAGGAGAGAUCAAAGACCGAAGGCUUACAACAGGAGAUCGCGGUAUUGAUGGGCGUCAACCAUCCGAACAUGCUAUGUCUAAAGGAUACAUUUGACGAGCCCAAUUCUGUAUAUCUUGUCCUGGAACUUGCGCCUGAGGGCGAAUUAUUCAACUGGAUCGUAAUGAAACAGAAGUUGACCGAGGAAGAAACAAGGAAAGUGUUCAUCCAACUAUUUCAGGGUGUUAAAUAUCUGCAUGAUCGAGGCAUUGUGCAUCGAGACAUCAAGCCCGAGAAUAUCUUACUUACAGACAAGGACCUGCACGUGAAGUUAGCUGAUUUCGGCCUGGCAAAGAUCAUUGGUGAAGAAUCAUUCACGACAACGUUAUGUGGAACGCCAAGCUACGUGGCCCCCGAAAUCUUAGAGGAUAGCAGACACCGCCGAUAUACGCGCGCAGUAGACAUAUGGUCCUUGGGCGUUGUGCUCUACAUAUGUCUGUGUGGCUUUCCUCCCUUCUCUGACGAGUUAUACACAAAGGAGAACCCAUAUACCCUCACGCAACAGAUCAAGACCGGAAGGUUCGACUAUCCAUCCCCAUACUGGGACUCCGUUGGUGACCCAGCCCUCGACUUAAUCGACCGCAUGUUGACAGUGGAUGUGGAAAAGCGAUACACUAUAGACAACUGCCUGGAACACCCAUGGAUAACUCAAGGGGCAGUGAACCCUAACGACAGUACAGAUGGUCUUGUUGGUGGAAUUGCGGGUCUGGAUUUCAGCAAAAGGAAGAUGGCGCGGGAACGAACACUUCUCAGCAGCAUCAACGAUGUCAAGAUUACGCGGGUCAUAGAGAUCCAGCCAGACAAAGAUCCAAUCAAGGUUUAUGUCAAGAAUCCAAACUCGAAAGCUUCCCAAAACCGAGUCAACAACUCCAUGGCUACAAAUGCUGGCGGACUGUCAAAGGGCCCCGCGGGUGCGCCGAAGCAGGAAGAGACGCCGUCUAAGAAUCGAAAUCCGAAUGAGUUCAUGGAAAUUGGCGGGAAGGCUGACGAACCCCUCUUUGGAUACGAUGGCGACUCCGUGUACUCCAAGGAUCUGGCAGCUAACACUACACCCAAGAAGUAAGUAUGAAUCUGAGGGCGUAAUGGUUUUGUGGCUUUCGAGCGACGCUUGAAGUCUAGCCGCGGAUCCUGAAUUUGCUCGAUACAUUUCUUCACGAUUUGCAUGUAUUAACAUCGGAAGUGGACAUGGUCGGAUUGGGAAAAAGCAACGCAGCCUUUGUACCGGGGGGAUAUAGCGGCAUGAGGUGGUAUCAUAUUUAAUAAUGCGAAGACCAGCUCAGAGCCAAUCCUGUAGAAAGAAACCAAUGGUGAGAUGAUCUGUUCUUUGAAUCAUUGCUAUGGGCAGAUGUGCGUUCGCGGCCCGUGUCUAUCCAUAUUACAACCAACUAUAUACAGUUCGCCAUAUCCCAAAACUCCUGUGUUCCAUGGCGAUCUUGACAGAUGUGACCUCCAUAUCUGUACGCCGAUCCGGUGAUGUACCCGCUAACCCAUAGUCUACAAAUUGACGGCUUUAUACAUAUAUCGUUAACG